GACGGCAUUGUCACGCGGGUGUCGGUACAGUAUAAGUAGAACAUAAAAUUGCGCAUCCAAAAUGUUGUCUAAAAUAUUUGCCACGGUUAAAUAUACUAUGGUGACAGUGAAUUUAUUAUUUGUGAUCACGGGUAUAAUAAUUAUAUCAGUUGGUAGCUCUGUUCAAUCGGCGUACAAUGAGUACCAUCCCUUCCUAACCCAGAGAUUCUUCUCGCUACCAGCCUUUUGCAUUGCAACUGGCGUCAUCAUCUUUCUUAUAGCGGCAAUUGGAUUCUAUGGAGCCUUUAUGGAGAACUACAUGGUGAACAUGGCCUUCGCGGGAGCCAUGAUGCUAAUCUUCGUGUUCCAAUUGUCCGCAUGCAUAGCUGGAUACGCGUUGAAGGGCAAAACGAUUGCUCUCGUCACGCAUCAGCUUAAUGAGACCAUGGAUUUGUAUGGAAUAGGUAAAAAUUACGAAAUCACCAAACUUUGGGACAUUGUGCAGAGAGACGUAAGUAUUUAG